AUGUUGUUGCGUCCUGGUGUAGGUGUGCUGGCGCAAAAAGUCGCGAAGGUGGUGAUUGCUUGUCAAAAUGCAACAGUCAAGAAGCAGGGUGGCUCCUGCAGCAGCAACAUGGAUGGAGCUCGGCUUAACAGAGGCGGGCAGGUGGCACUUGACCUCAACGGUCCACCAAGAAUUCCCCCCCAGAACCCGGAGGGCAAUGACAAUGCGACUUGGAGGCUCUCCGGCGCAUCUUCCACACCACACACAUCACCCAGUCUCCUUUUCUCCAAGUCCCAACAUCUCAAUCCUCCGCCGUGUACUUCCACUGUCGGCAAUGGCAAGGGACCUUUGACGGACUGUUUCGGAGCAUCCCAGAACGACCAAGCUAGCACUGAUAUCAACAACCACGGACAGACGGGCCGAGACGUCACAAACUGA